AUGUCAACCAUAGCCAGCCCCCGCGAACCAUCCGUCAACGGCCGCCGCGUCCCCAUAAUCUCCACAACCACACCUUCCUCAUCCUCACGGCCAUCCCUCGAAAUCCCCCGCUCCUCAGAAAGCUCACCUAACCGUGGCCCCUCCCUAGCACAGCCUAAGCGCGCAAACCGAGCCGCACUACGAGAAUACUAUAACCUAAAGAAAGCCCAAGAGGAGACCAGCACCACUCCCUCAACGCCCAUAAACGACGCAGCAUCAGAAGCAUCAUCCAUCCACGACUCCUCCAACAGCGAGGUCCUAGAAUCCGAGCUCGACCACGCCCACUUCGACGCCAAUGCCUAUAUCUCGCACGUGCUGUCCACACAAUCGCUCUCGGAGCUGCUCAGGACUUACAAUGGCGUACUCACAGAUAUCCGGGCACUGGACGCAGAGAAAAAGGCACUGGUGUAUGAUAAUUAUAGCAAGUUGAUUGCGGCUACGGAGACGAUUAGGAAGAUGAGAGUGAAUAUGGAUCCGCUGAAUCCGAUGGCUAGUACGCUUGAUCCGGCGAUCGCGAGUAUUUAUGCGAGGGCGGAGAGUAUUAAGAGGGAGAUGAGGGAGGGAAUGCCGGGGUGGCAGAGGGAAAGGGCCGAGAUGAGUGAGGGGGAAAGAGAGAAGGCUGAGAGGAGGGAUAAGAUGAGGGAGGUGGUGGGGAGGAUGUUGGAUACGCCGGAGAAGGUUAGGGGCUUGAUGGAUGAGGGGAGUGUAGAGGAGGCGAGGAGGGUGUGGGAGCCUACGCUGAGGCUGUUGGAGAGGUGGAAGGAACGCAGGGUCGGUGGUGAUGAUGUUUUGGAUUGUAUUGAGGAUGGGGAGGCUGCUAUUAGAGGGGAGCCGCCUAACGAGAAGAGUUGGGUUAAUGUGAAGAGUAAGAGAGAAUCGAAAUCAUGA